GAGAGGGGGAGCGAGAUAUGGGAGCGGGAUGGAUAAGAGCCAAAAUAGCCCUAGGUUUAACGUCUUGCACAACGAAUUCCGAUCGUCGACGUCAUGAUUCCAGCCAAUGCUCACCGGAAAAUGACAAUGAACGGUCGGAUACUGUUAAAGAUCCUGGUUCCGGCGAAAACCCGUCAGAAAAUGCAACUCCGGUAACUACGCCUAGGGUCCUGUCCCAGAGCGCUUCUUCGAGUCCGAGGCUCCAUUGCCGUACGCAAACGAGUAGUAGCCCUCGCCUCCAACUCCCAAAGGGCACUUGCGGGCUAUGCCUACAAGCCACAAAACCUGGGCAAGGCCUCGCCAUCUUCACAGCCGAGUGCUCCCACUCCUUCCAUUUCCACUGCCUCGCCUACCACCUCAAACGAGGACAUCACACAUGCCCCCUCUGCAACUCCAAGUUGGCGCACGUGCCUAUCCCCUCCCUCGACGCCAGUUCCCCACGUGUCAAGUCCUUCACACGAGACAACUCUUUGACAGGUGAGAACCACCGAGAGAUCAGGGUCUACGACGACGACGAGCCGCUUCACGACAGAAAGACCGGCCGGUUCUUCCCCAUACCUGAAGCCGAUGACGAGUUUGAGGUCGAGGCCGCAAGGCGGGAGAUCAGGGAGAGGAGGGCCGUCCGAUUGAGCCUCUUGCCUGAAUCCAACGGCCCCAAACUGUCUGAGGAUUUUGGCGUUUUAAUACGUGUCAGAGCUCCUAAGGGUUUUGCCACCGGCUUUCGCAACCCAAAAACCGGUUUUCAAGGAGGAGGAACCGGCUUUGGAGGCCAAAACGGUUUUGCGGGACCGAAUUUUCGGCCGCCGGUUGAUGUGGUGGCCGUCGUUGACGCUGGCUCAAGCGUUCGAGCUGAUGAGUUUCAGAGUGCCAAGAGAUCGGCUCGGCUCCUCGCUUCAAGCCUUGGCUCGGGUGACCGGCUCGCUUUGGUGGCCUUUGCAUCGUCUUCAAAGCGUCUCCUCCCUUUGAUGAGGAUGUCGGCUCAUGGCCAGCGCGCUGUAAGCCGGGCAAUGGACCGGCUCGGUUCCGGCUCUGGAGAUGAUGGCUCCGCUCUACUUGAAGCCGUAAAGAAAGCCCGCAAGAUACUCGACGACCGUCGAGAAAGAAACGCAACGGCGGCUAUCAUAGUGCUAACGGAUGCUUGCCACUCAUCGCGAAACGCCACGCCACGUGGCUCCGCACCAUUAGGCAAUGUCGGUGCCCCAAUCCACAUUUUCGGAUUCGGGGACGUGACUGGAAAUGACUUCUCAUCGGAUGGCUCAAGUUGCACGAUCUUGCAAGUGCGAGACGAGGAGGAUUUCUCUCGCCGAGUUGCCAGAAAUCUGACGUUCGUCGCCUUGGAUCUAAGGCUCGAGAUCGAAUGUGACGGUACGGCCGCAGAUAUUACUGGCGUGUACUCGGCGAGUAGAUCGCGGAUCCACCACGGCAAAUCAUCGGCAAUCAUAAAAAUCGGCGAUCUGCACACCGAGGAAGAGAGAGAGAUGCUUGUCGAGCUCAGAUUUCAAGCCAAAAUCCCGCCGAGCCUCUUAGCCGUUAAAUGCUCAUACAAGGACCCACUAACCAAUGAAACGACCACGGGUGAGUGGCUCGAGAUGACAUCAUCGACACGCGGCGAUGAUGUCAGCACUGCAGAGGUGGAGAGGGUGAGGGGCAGGAUGCGGGCAGCUUGGUGGGACGGGAGCCCUAGGACUGGUGGCGGCCGCGGCUGUCGGAUCGAGGGCUCCACUUGGCGGGACGCGAGCCCUAGAAUGGGGGAUCCGGCGGCCACCGCUUCUCUGUUGGAUACGGUGAUGAGGUCUCAAGUGGACUCGAAUGGGGAGCCGCUCACUCCGACAUCGGCAUGGCGUGCGGCGGAGAGGCUGGCACGUGUGGCAUCGGCGAGGAAGUCUCUCAGGCCUUAUGGGGACCUCCAUGGGCUCGAGAACGCUCGCUUCUAGUCGAUCUUUCCACGUCAGCAAAACUGUUCAUUCAUAAAAAAAACUAAAAAAUGACUACAGGCUCCCGGAGAUGUCAGCUACAGUAUGGAGUGGAAUUUGAGGCACACGAUAGCACGUGAGAGUAACAUUUCUGUGAAUAGGAGAAAGAGAUAUUGGAGAUUGGAAAAAGAGCGGGGUUCUGUAAACGAAUUUGUCUUUGUACUUUUGUUAAAUUUUCAGUUAUAUUUCUUCU